AUGACAACUGUUAGACACAGAAAGGGAAUAAAAGCCUCAGAAGUUCCAGAAGAGCCACAUGGGAAGCACUGGAAGCUUGAUGGGAAAGUUCUGCCUGGUGGAAAAGUGUGGAAGAAAGUUUCACUUGUCACCGGUGGCUUUGUUGGCAUUUCCCUAGGAAUUCUCACUUCAGUUUAUGUCGCUACUCUUCAUGAAAAUGAUCUAUGGUUUUCCAACAUCAAGGAGGUAGAGCGGGAAAUAUCCUUCAGGACAGAAUGUGGCCUGUAUUACUCCUAUUACAAGCAAAUGCUACAGGCUCCAUCCAUUCAGACAGGUUUACAUAGCUUGAUAUAUGACAAUAAAACUGAGUCCAUGAGGACAAUUAAUAUACUUGAAAGAAUGAAUGUUUACCAGGAAGUAUUUCUCAGUAUUCUGUACAGGACUUUUCAUAUUAAGAAAUUUUUAGAGCCUAUUUAUUUUUACAUCUACACGUUAUUUGGCCUUCAGGCAGUUUAUGUUGCUGCUCUCUACGUAACCAGCUGGCUUCUCAGUGGAACUUGGCUUUCGGGUGUGUUAGCUGCCUUCUGGUAUGUUACAAACAGAGUAGAUACCACCCGGGUAGAAUUCACCAUUCCACUAAGAGAGAACUGGGCACUGCCAGUCUUUGCUGUUCAGGUAGCAGCAAUCUCAUUCCUCUUCAGACCUCAUUUACGGCCUGCUCAUGAAAGACUGACGCUUCUGGCAGUAUUUAUUUCAACCUUUCUCUUCAGUUUGGCUUGGCAGUUUAAUCAAUUUAUGCUGUUGAUCCAAGCGCUGGUUUUGUUCACACUUGACUCUCUUGACUUUCUUCCUAGGGGAAAGGUGACCUGGAUCUAUAUUAUACAAGUGGCUAGUUUACUGCUUGUCUGCUUCCUACAGUUCUUCAAUACCAUGAUAGCAGGAUCAUUGCUUAUAAGCUUUAAUAUGUCUACCUUGUUAGCAAGAAGACUUCAGAAUAACCUGAAAACAGGAGGCUUGUUUAGCAGGCUUGGGAAGCUUUUCCUCCAUGUACUCUUAGUACUAUGUUUGACAUUUCUUGUAAAUAAUUUUAUGAAGAAAAUUCUUAAUCUUGAAUCAGAUGAGCAUAUCUUCAAAUUUCUAAAAGCAAAGUUUGGAUUUGGAGCAACAAGAGAUUUUGACGCUAACCUGUACUUGUGUGAAGAAGCUUUUGGUCUGUUGCCUUUUGAUACUUUCACAAGACUUUUGGACACUUUAGUCUUUUAUGCCUACGUGUUUGUGCUUUUUGUCAUGGCCAUGGCAGCUGCUGUUGUUGCUUUUCAAAAUCUCCGUGGUUCUGCUAACAACAAAUCCAUGGAUAAACUACAGAAGUGUACAAUGCUGCUGAAACCUGGUGCUGCUUAUAAUUUAGUUCACACCAUUCUGUUUGGGUGCCUGGCUUUAAGCACAAUGAGGAUGAAAUACAUUUGGACUUCCCAUCUAUGUGUAUUUGCAGCCUCUGGUUUGUGUAACAGUGACAUGUGGGGACUGAUCCUGAAAUGUGUUCGCCUUUACACACCACAAAGGGUGUCUGUGAUGAGGUACUUAACACCUGUGCUCAUAUUACUCUGUCUUUGUUACAAGUUCUGGCCAAGAAUGAUGGCUGAGCUGUCAGAGCUGAGAGAAUUCUACGACCCGGACACAGUGGAGCUGAUGAACUGGAUUAAGUCUAACACCCCAAAGAAGGCAGUGAUAGCCGGGAGCAUGCAGCUUUUGGCAGGAGUCAAGCUGUGCACGGGAAGGGUUUUAACCAAUCAUCCCCACUACGAGGAUAAAAGCCUACGAGAGAGAACGAAACAGGUCUACCAGGUGUAUGCAAAAAGGUCACCCGAAGAGGUCUACAGGGUCCUCAGAUCCUUCGGCACGGACUUUGUGAUUCUGGAGGACAGCAUGUGUUACGGCAGAAGGCACGGUCGGGGCUGUCGGCUGCGCGACCUUCUCGACAUAGCAAACGGCCAUACCAUGGAUGGUCCCGGGGACGACGAGCCUGACCUGAAACCCUCCCAGUACCCUCGCUUCUGCGAGGAAAUCAAAAAGAGCCUGCCUUCGUACACGGUGUACUUCACUAAAGUGUUUCAGAAUAAAACAUUCCACGUUUACAAGCUCGCCAAGCAUAAAAAGGCCACUUAG